AUUUUUUUUGAACAGUGUUGUUAAACAGGCGUGCUACACUACAGAUGUCACGCUGUGAGCGGAGCAAGGGAAAUUUAAGUUAGAAAACAAAAGGAGAGCUCGAGAAAAAAUUUAUACUUACGUGUGUAGCGGACGGGAAUAUCAUUUGGUUGGUUUUUAAGAAAAAAAAAUUGGUAUACCAUACUUGGAAAACCUCAAACAAAUUCAAAAAUGAGUGACGACUUUCUACGAAAACCAUUCUCCUUGGCGCCCGCAGCACCCGUUGAAGAAGGAGCAACAACAAACUACACUCCAGUUACGAGCACUUUUAGUAGUGCCCCGGUUUCACCGUACCUCAAUUAUGAUUCAAGGUUCUUGCAGCAAGCACAGCCUGAGUUUAUCUUUCCUGAAGGCGCUAACAAACAGCGUGGACGCUUUGAGCUAGCAUUUUCCCAGAUUGGUACUUCGGUAAUGAUUGGCGGUGGAAUUGGCGGAGUUGCGGGCGUAUAUAAUGGUUUUAAAGUCACCAAGGCGCUGAAUCAGACAGGAAAACUGCGGCGAACCCAAUUAAUCAAUCACAUUAUGAAGCAAGGUUCGGGAACGGCAAACACUCUGGGUACUCUGGCGGUGCUAUAUUCGGCGUGUGGAGUGUUGUUGCAGUUCGUUCGUGGGGAAGAUGACCAUGUUAAUACAAUGAUGGCAGGCUCUGCCACAGGAUUGCUGUAUAAAUCAACGGCUGGCCUACGGAGGUGUGCACUUGGUGGCGCUAUUGGGCUAGGCAUUUCGUCGCUCUAUUGCUUAUACCUUUUAGCCCAAGAAAACACCACAAACUCAAGUCCAAAAUUCCUGUAGAUAACAGCUUUCCGAACAUGAAUAGAUCUACGCAGUUUGUGUAAAUAUUCUAUGCGCUUAUAAAGAAGUUUUGUUUAUUAUAAAUACUUAGCUUAGGUUCAAUGAAAGCCAAAAAUGUUUGUUCAUUAGGCUUAACGAUUUAAUACCGAAUCUGUUGAGGCUAAGAAAAUAGACAGAUUAAUCGCAAGAAAUGUGAAAAAUUAAAAACUUAUGAACAUUGCUUUCAUUUAAA